AUGUAUGCACCUUAUUCAGCAGUUUACUUCAGAGAAACCCUAUUGGCUUAUGAAGUGUUUUUGUAUGGGGCUCACAUUGGGAGAAUCGAUGCCUUUGUCCAAAGUCUUGAUAAAAACCCGGUCCCGGUCAGCGUUGCCAUUAUCGCAGGCUUCGAUGUGAGCUUCAUUACAGAGAUCAGUAAGAUGUAUCCAGGUCGAGCUUCUGCGUCCCCGUCUCUAGACGUCCUCAUUACGCUGCUCACACUGGGAGCCAAUGGCUACAAGAAACUCUUGUCUGAGAGGAAGGAGCUGUAUGGCCACCUGGCGCAGGAGAUGAGCGCUGUAGCCGAGAGACACGGGGAGAGACUGCUGCAUACGCCACACAAGCCAAUAACACUGGGUGAAGAGUCAUGUGUCAUGGUCGUCCCGCUGGGUGUGGAGCAGACCGUGAGCAAACACACGUUUCGUGGCUUCAUGUCGCAUGCAGAUGCCUAUCCAUGUCCGUACUUUAACGCAGCCUCUGCUAUUAGAAUAACAGAGAUGAUAUAACUCUGUGCAUCAAGAGACUCGAUAAAUGCCUCAAGAGCGUUAACAAGGAAACUCCUGCAGAGAAGAGUGAGUCAGGAUCGCCAGUUGAAGAUGACCAAACCUUGCCCUGAUGCUCUGGGGGAAAGAGUUACAUAGGAAUAUUCUUUUCAUAAUUUGAUCUUGUUGCAAUAACCUCGUGUUUGAAUGUUGAUUUAUCAGCAUAUGGCCACAAAUGCAUUCGUUUGUUUCCCCGAUGCUCAAUAAAUGCUUUUUGACCCAUGUUUGAAAGUAUAACGGACAAUACAUACAUUAUUUUGUCAUUUCAAUUCAUCUGGUUCUGCUGCGUUUUACACAGUCGUAGUUGAAUAGACAAUGCAGAGGGAAUUCUCUGUUUUAAACAAUAUCAAAGGAAAAUGAAAGAGUUUUUUUAUUAUUAUUUCUGAAUCAAAACAAAUAAAAUAUUUGUAUUCACUCAGAAUGCAAAUAAGGUACCAAAUGUCUCUUUAUGUACCAAACCCUGCAACGAUACCUGCGAUUUAAUUUAUACAGAUUUUAAUAAACACACUCUCAUCUCAGGCACCUGGAGACAAUCUAGUUCUAGUAAUGAUUGCCCUUAAGAUUAAUAUAAAAAUAUUAAGCACCAAAUUAAUGUAGAUAAACUUCAGUAAAACCUCAUAAGGCUCCCAUUAGAUUCUUAAACUUUAUUUAUUAUUAUUUUAUUUUUUAGAAUGUGUUUCACUUUAAACCAUA